CCGACAGGUGAGACCGUGAAUUCAAGCGAUUCACUCGCGGUACUGUCGCGCUACCGUCUGGUUCGUUUGGUACCGAGUUUUUGUGUUCAAGUGUCAUUUUUCGAAUUUUUUUUCGGUGAGUGGUUUUGGGAUUUGGUACCAACGUGGGCAAGAUUAAGCGAGGUUCGAAUCGGAUUGAUCCGGUUAAGUACCGAACAAAGACAUGUCGAAAAUGGACCAAUCAACCCAAGUCGAUUUCCCAAUAGUUGUACGAAAAAUGCGAAGACACAAUACUUCAGCCGACUUAUUUGCAACAAAUAGAGGACAUGGUAAUAGUUGGAAUCACUCAAAAGUGUCAAUGCCCCGCCCCAAAUCGCUCAACUUCCCCGACCCCCUCACCAAUCGCGCCAAAAUCAUCUAUUACUCCGACAGCCCCUUGUCCCGCCUCCCACUCCCCGUCAGCGAUCUCCACUUAGGCUCCAUCUCCCGGGAACGCACUCCGCCCUUUUCUUGUAGUUCGAGCGUUGCCUCCACCUCUUCCCCCACCUACAAGCCCGACCCAUCGUGUCAAUGCUCCAAUGAUAGCAUCUACUGCCGGCGCAUUCCCGCCAAUAGCACGCAAGGUUUAUCCUGGCGCCGCCUACACAUGUCACGUGCCAAACUCAAGGCCACUGCUACCACUAGCGAACUUCUUUCAGGCUUCGCGAUGGUUGCGAUGGUGGAAUUACAGAUAAAUGACGACACGGCGGUGCCGGAAUGGUUAUUUGUGAUUUUCGCAGUUUGUACCACUGUUUUAGUAGCGGUGCAUAUUUUUGCACUUAUGAUUUCAACGUAUAUUUUACCAAACAUUGACGCUGUUGCUAAGUUAGAAAUAUGCGAGAUGGUUGCUGAGAGCCCCCAUGAACGCAUGAGGGGGUUUAUUGAGUUGGCGUGGGCUUUUUCAACAGUAUUAGGUUUGUUCCUCUUUUUGGUGGAAGUGGCUAUUCUUUGUUGGGUCAAAUUUUGGGACUACUCGUUCACGGCCGCAACGGCGGCCACUGUUAUUGUUAUUCCAGUAUUAAUAACUUUCGUAUUGUUUGCUGUACAUUUCUACCAUUCACUCGUUGUGUACAAAUGCAAUUCCUCAGUAAAUGAUAUGGAGAAGUUAGAAAAUAUGAAAAAACAUUUAGACGAAGUUACCAGUCCUGUGUGAUCAUAACCAGUAUUUUUUGUAAUUUAUAUUUAAUUAAAUUAAAUAGAUUUACUUCUUA